UUCAUUUGCUCUUGUCACACUGUGUUCGCAGGCUGUACUGUCAGUGCUGUAAGAGUGAAAACGAUGCCGCUUGUUCACUUUCCUUCGCCGUUCCUGUGCGUUUUACUCCAAUUGAUCUUUCUAAGUUGUGCCAGCACGGCCCCUGCCGCUGAGUAUACUUCAAAAAGCGAGUCCGAGUACGAUUUCGGGGAUUACCGAGGGAAGUGGUGCCUGGAUGACCACGGAUUCGUGUAUAAUAUUGGAGAGACUUAUUACCCGGCUCCGACCGCUUGCCCCUGCACUUGCACCGAAGAGGGGCCCCUGUGCAUAAAGCCCCGGUGUCCGCGGGUUCACCCGCGCUGCACUCGGAUCAGCUUCAGGUCCUGCUGUCCAUACUGCGUGGCGGUAAGCAACGUCUGUGAGUAUGCAGGGAAGACGUAUAAGCUGCUGGAAGAGUUCACGAUAUCCCCCUGCGAACGAUGCCGCUGUGAAGCCAGCAGAGAAGUAUACUGCGUGGUUGCUGAGUGCCCAUCUCUCCAAUGUGUGGACCCAACAUACGAGCCUCACCAGUGCUGCCCUAUCUGCAAAAAUGGGUCGAACUGUUUCGCGGUAAACACCAUCAUCCCUGCGGGGCUGAGAGUGGAGGUGGACGACAUGACCGUGUGUUUCUGCUCACACAAGGACGGUACCUGGGAGACUCAGUACCAGGCCACCUGCGUAAAACGCGACCACGCAAACGGACGCCAGAUAGAGCAGAUGGAGACCCAAUUGCUCCGUGAGUCGGAAGAGAUACCAUAGACAUAGAGGAACACCUUACAGUGUCAAGUGACGUCAUACCUGCACUCCACAAUUCCCCACGGGAAUUCUGUCUCAUUGAAGAUAGAAGACAGACAGUUCAAAUACAGAAUUUAAACCUGAGGACUUUUUCACAAAUAAUUGUUUUAAUGCCGAUACUAGUGUAAAUCCUGCUCAAUAAUGUCUUAUUAAUAUGCUUUGCAUAAUCUAUCACGAGUGUUGAUAAGCAUGUAUGAAAUUAAGUUUACAGAGUGGAGUGGAUCUAAUUUAAAGGUGUCAGUAAUUGGAGAAUUAGCUGUGUAUGUUCCAAAUAAGGUCAAACGUAAUUCAGUAAUUGUUGCAAAUGGUACCAAAUCAUUAUUAAUGGAUGUUAUUAAUGUUGUUAUUGAUGUUGUUAUUAAUGUAAUGUUGUUAAUGUUAUUCAUGUAUGUUAUGAAUGUUGUUUUUGAAUAAUUUGGAUGAAAUAAAGGAAGAAUAAUUACA